UCUUCAUUGCACUACUACGCGACUGACAACAAAGCUGUCAUCGCUGCGUCGGGGACGGAGGUUGGUGACUGGGUGAUGUGUCAAGUAGUAUCUACGGCUGAAGAUGUGAUACGGUGGUUUAUCUCCUAUAGAUAAAAAUUAAACGGUUGUCAAAGACGGACAAGAUGGGAAAGAAAGAUUGCCAGACAUCUCGACUGCCAGUGGAUCACUACAGGAAACAAAUAGGAAAACAAAACAGAAAGCAUACAACAGUGGAUGUGAAAAAAAUUAAAAAGCAAAAUGAAAUGAAAAGGAAGACUACUAAGGUUUACAAGGAUGUGAAAGUGAUUGUCAGUGGUUUCCUGGGAGCUGCCAUCCUUGUAUAUGGAGCAAUGCUUCUCUGGUUCUAUGCUACUGAAGGUUACAACCAGUAAAAGCAUGUAUGUACUGUAUGUCUUGAGACAAUCAUUUUACUUUUGGAUUAUGUAGUGGUACAAGUGCAUUCCUGUUGUGGGAUCAAAUGACAGUAUCUUAAUUGUGGUAUUAAGAGUUUUCUGUAGCAAUAGCUUGUUUAGCACCCCACUUUGGAUAUGUAUAAACAUUCCUCUUUUUUUUUUUCUUUCUGCUUUUUUGAGUGUUCUUCUUCUUGGAAUGUAGUGCUCUAAUUAAAUUUUAGAUUUAAAGUACAAUAACACUUGAAAGCUUUUCCAUAUUAAGAACCAAGUACAAAAUUACUUCUCUGUAAUUACUUUUGCUCUUAAGUAUAGCCCUUGAUGUUAGGUAUUGGGUAGUACAAGUGAGUACAGGCAGUCCCCGGGUUACGACGGGGGUUCCGUUCUUGAGGCGCGUCGUAAGCCGAAAAUCGUCGUAAGCCGGAACGACACUUGGAAAUAUGCCUUAAACUAAGAAAAAGUUAGAGAGACCUUACCUGUGUGACAUGCAAGUAUUGCAUGAUGUGUAGUGUGGUUAUUUCAAUGGCAAAGGAUGGUUCUUGAAGGUAUAAUUCUUUAUUAAACUCUUGUGACACUAUAAAGCACAAUGUACUACACUUAAUCCUUAGGUUAGAUUAUACACUAAACACUAUUAUGCACUGUACACUACGUAGUAUGUAAUACUUUGGUAGAUCCUGGAGUACACUAAAAUCCCAGUCUGGUAGCUCUGGAAGGUAAAAGUAUAACACAAUUAGUACAAAAUACUACACAAAGUCCUGAAUGCAAUAUGUAAAUUAUAGAUAUCAAGAGUAAAAGAGUUAAUGUAUGUUAAUUAAUUCCUUACUUUUAGUUUAUAAUUCCUUACUUUGAGUUAUAUCAAGAGUAAAAAAGUUAAUGUAUGUGAAUUAAUUCCUUACUUUUAGUUUAAAGUUGUCAUGCUAUGUAACCCUGGAUGCACAAAGUCUUAUGUGGCCCCAUAGCCUACAUCAUUCAGGGGG